GCCUAGUGCUUGCAGUAUUAAGUCAAUUGAUUCUAGCGGAUGAACGCAUAAAGAAACAUCAAGAGUGGCUCAAGCGACAUAAACUUAAGACAGAGAAACAAAAGUAUACCAAAUGGAAAUACAAUUUGGAGUUUGACAAGCUUUGGCAGCCAGCCAAUCAAACUAGCCGUAGUAAUGAAGUGUACGUGGAAAACGAAACCGUAAGCUCCAAACUAAACCCAGCACUGGAGCUAACACCAACGAAUGCAACUAUCAUAAGCACAACAAGCGAAAUAAACGAGGCGAAGACAACCGCAGAGCCGAUGCAGCCAACAACCAAAGCUUUAUAUAGGCCAAGUUCAACAACAACAACAACAACCACAACAACAACGCCCAAAGUUAUAACAACAACAACAAAGCGCGCCAAGCCCAAGUCGCGUCCCUUUCCACGCUGGACCAACUGGGGUGACUACUCCGAUUGCUCCCGCAGCUGUGGCGGCGGAAUUAUGCAGCAAACGCGUCGCUGCAUUGAUCGCAAUCCCUCCACUGGCAAAAUCUUUACUGGCGACACUUGUGUGGGACUUUCCAAGCGCUAUCAGCUGUGCAACGAUCAGCCAUGUCCAGCUGGAGCUGGCGACAAUUUUCGUGGCGAGCAAUGUGCGGCCUACAACAAAGUUGACUUUCAAGGUCAGCAAUAUAGCUGGGAGCCGUAUAUAAAAGACGAUGCGGAGUGCGAAUUGAAUUGUAAGCCCAUGGGCAUGAAAUACUUUGCCACACUGAAUGAUACCGUUAUUGAUGGAACACCUUGUCAGCGACCUGCGGAAUAUUAUCGCACCCAGUCCAGCGCUUGGAGUCGCGCUAUGUGUGUCGAUGGCAUAUGCAAGGCCGUAUUGUCCAAUGGCUCCAUCAAAGGUUUCUAUGCCAAUAGCGGUUCGGUAAGCUGUGGCGGGCUGCUCUGUCGUCCUGUUACUGGCAUCUUUACCAGAGAUCCACUGCCAGAGGAGGCUUAUGUGCAUGUAGCCAACAUACCCGCUGGUGCCUCCAAUAUAUCCAUAACCGAACUCAAGAAUAGCCCAAAUUUGCUUGUGCUGCGCACAAAUGAGGAGAAGAAUGUAUUCAAUGGCGACAAUGUAGCAUCUGAGAGUGGUUUAUAUGAAGCAGUGGGCGCCAGCUUUGAUUAUCAUCGCAUUGAUGGCAUGCAGCAUGGCGAGGGCGUCACCGAAUGGAUUACCAGCAUGGGCCCCAUAAAGGAAGCCAUCGAACUUUUGGUUUAUAGCAAUGGCUUGAAUCCUGGCAUUAAGUACGAGUAUCUGCUGCCUAUUGUUAGCGACUCGGAGGAGAAUGAAUUGUCGCUGGAGAGCAGCGAUGGCUUUUUGAAGUCUGGCGCUGUUAGCGACGAUGGCAGCAGCUCGAGCAGCACGCGGCUCAGACGCCGCAAGUUUAACUGGAAGGUGGUAGGCUUUAGUCCUUGCACCAAGUCCUGCGGCGGCGGCACACAAGCGCCCAUAGUACGCUGUGCUCGCGAGAAUCCUGUGCGCUACUAUUCGCAGCGUCGCUGCAGUCACUCGGAGAAGCCUGUGCUCAACGAGAAUCUGCUGCACUGCAACACGCAGCCGUGUCCUGCUUACUGGCGCUUGGAUGAGUGGAGCGAGUGUCGUUGUCAGCAUGGCGAGGCGCUGCGUCGACGCGAGUUGAGCUGCGUGCAGGAGCUUGCCUCAGGCAUUGUUAUACAUGUGGACAAGGCUGCGUGCAUGGAGGAGCAGCCGCCCAGCGAGAAGCCCUGCGAGUGCCCCAAGACGCGGCGUCGCAACAACUCGGCGCGCUAUCGCAUGCAGGACAACAGGAGCGGGAACGGCACGCAUCUGCAGCGCUAUAAGACAGCCAAGCUGGCGGGCGAGGCUGUCUGGCUGAUGUCCGACUGGAAUCAGUACUGCUCCGCUGCUUGUGGCAGCGGCAUUGAGCAUCGCACCAUCUUCUGCGAUCGGCCCAAGAACAAAGCGGAGCGCUGCGAGCCACGCGAUACGCCCGACAAUCGUCGUCCUUGUGAGCGCAAUGCCUGCGAGCUGGGUGACUGGUUUGCUGGUCCCUGGGCGCCCUGCAAUGGCGACUGCUUCAAUCUAACGCGCAGUCGUCACAUACUUUGCAUUAAGAAUCAGCUAAUAACAGAGGAUGAGGAGUGCAAGGCGGAGCUGAAGCCGCAGGCCACCGAAAGCUGCUCGCAUGAGGAAGUGGAGUACUGUGCGCCACGCUGGCACUACUCCGAGUGGUCGGAGUGCACCAAAUCCUGCGAUGGCGGCACUCAGCGCCGCAGCGUCAAGUGCUUGGAAUACGAUGAGCGACUAAAUGCGCUGCGAGAAUCGAACAAGUGCAGAUAUGCCAUAAGAGAGUCCAUCUAUCGUCCUUGCAAUGCCAACAAAUGCGCAGAUCUAAUCAACGAACUGCAAAGUGAUGAUGCCAAUGUCUGCAAGGAUAAUUUCCCCAACUGCCGUUGGGCGGUGCAGGCGAAACUCUGCAGCUACGAUUAUUAUAGAAACAAUUGCUGUAAUUCCUGCACACAAUGAAACAUUAAAAUUGCAAACAAUCAAACUAAAUUUUUGCUUUAUUUAAUAGCAUAAACAAUAUAUUUAGCGUGAACUGUAUGCAAUACACACACACACACACAGACACAUGCAUAGACACAACAAUUCUCAGUGUGAAUUACGCAUUUACAUUUUAAUUAAUAACUAUAAACUUAAGCGCAUUACAGUGAAUACGUAAAACAACAAAAAAUGUACUAAAAUUUCUCACACAACAAACAAACAUUAUACGUAUAUAAUUAAACAAAUUAUGUUGAGCUUAUGUUAG